UGACGCUCCACAAACAGGACAUUGGAUGGACAUUAUGGAGGAGAUCUACACGAUGGAGAAAAUGACCUUUCAGCUGCAAAUUAAAGCAGCCUCUUUGUGUCAGCCUGGUUGCCGCGGCAGUUUCACAGGAAAGAGCUUGUAUGAAGCGUCGCUGCGUUCCUCUGAGAGCCGACCACAACCUGCUGACCCCCGACACACACACACUGUCGGGGGUCAGGCUGCAUCCUCUUGUCCAGGUGAGGUCAGAGGUUGUGGCCUCCUUAUCAGGACACCUGAGUGACUUGUCCAGCAGCAGACCACCUCUCGGGUCAACAAGGCGACGCACCCCAGUGGCAUCUCCAACACGUCGUCUGCGAUUUGAAGAUGAGACGGAGAUAGAGGCAGAGUCUCGGUACCUGGAGCGACAGAGGAGACGGGCGGGGCAACGAGGGACAGGUGUCCUGGUUUCCAAACCUAACCUGAAACUUUAUGACAAUGGCAGGGCUGGGGCAGUGCCACAGGGGGCGGGGGUACAGGGGGUUCAACAUGUUGUUGAUGGAGAGCAGAGAGGACAGAUGCUGCCAGGAGGCACAGAUCAGUCUUACUCCUUGGGAAAAGUUUUAGGAGAUAGAGUAAAACUGAAUGUCCAUCUUCAUCCACCUGUACCUGAAGACAGAGGGCGGAGUCUGCAUAGGUCCCACCUCAACUUCAGGACUGAGACAAUCAGAGAGACGUACAUUGGUUCUGUCACACCUGGUGAGAACAGCAGGGGAGUGGGGAAUGAUCAGUAUGUUGCUAACAAGCACGUGAGGGGGAUGAUGAAUGAGGUGGAGCUUAAUGGAAACCAGGUGAACCUCACUCAGGCCACACCCACAGCAGAUACGCCAAUCAACCCCUACGCCCCGACUCAGCCCUCAGAUUUAGCCACACCCAUCUCCAAAGGUGCCUCCUUCGUGUGUCUUCCAUCAAGUAUGAUGUCACGGAGCAUCAGACUCAAUGUCACAAAGUCAGAAAAGAGUCUGAGCCAGAGCCAGGAGGAGCAAGAGAGACCUGCUACAUCUAAGCCCCACAGAGAGAUUCAGUCUGGGGGAGAAGUGAAUGAGAGGAGCCCCUGUGUUGAGGAAAAAGGUGUGGAGCUGACGAUCAAGAACACCUCUCUCUUCUCCUCCACCUCGGUGAGGAAAGCUGAGAGCCCAGCCCCACCCACUUCAGACAGCAAUGAUGAGGGACAGGUCAGGCAGCCACUGAGAGCAGAGCUUCACAGCAACGACACUUCACUUCCUGAACCGUUCAUGAGAAGAGAUGCAUCCUCUCGUCUCUCUCUGCGACGUCUCCUCUCCACCGUCAGACUGAGCAGGACUCGAACUGGCAGCCUCGACCGCCUGAGCUCACAGCCCCGCCCCCCCACACCUGACUCCGCCCCUUCAUGUCCCAGGAAGUCCUCAGGCCUGCUGAAGAAAACUCUGGCUGUCCAGGCGCUCAGUGUGGGAUCGCCCUUCUUGCAGCUGAGGAAGUCGUCUUCAGUUCAGACUGUUGUCUCGGAGCAGAAGAAGGACAAGGAUCGUUCUGCUGACUACAAACCAGCUGCUGAUCAGUUGCUGCAACGUUGUCUAAGUCUUGAGGAUGUCGGUUCUCCCAGUUCAGUCCGUUCGGUCGGUCGAGUUCUUCAAGUUUGUUCAGAUGGAACAAUUCUGUUGGAAAUGAGUCGGCCAAAGAGCCGAAAGUUCGGCUUCAUAAUCAGCAGAGGGAGAGGACGACCUGACUCUGGUGUAUAUGUGGAGAACAUGGUAGACAGCAGCACAGAGAAGUUGUAUGCCGGCCUGCUGACGGUUGGAGAUGAGAUACUGGAAGUGAACGGUGAGAAGGUGGCAUGUCUCAGUCUGGACCAGGUGACCCACCUUCUGAGCCAGGAUACUUCUGCUACAGUUCGGGUGCUCCGACACUGGAGGAAGCCUCCACGUUGACCAAAAGUCAUCCUGAGUAGCUUCCUGAGCUUGAACUGAAACAUGUAACAAAGCAAAAAAAAAACUGGUGCUCUGAGAUGACCACAACAUCACUGAGACAACAACCUGUGAGAAACUGGUCCAACCAGGCUUGGCUGGGAGGCAGGUGUUGAAUUGAGAGGUUGGUCCAAACAAGAGUUUUAAGCCAUGACUUAAUUAUCCCCUGACAGUCAUUUUAUCUGCUGCUGUUUAUUUAUAUCUAAUCAGCAUGAAAACAGGA